GCCUCCUUGGUUCCUCCUCCUCCUGCUCUCAGUCCCCUCUGGUCGGCCAAGAUGGCGGCUGCGGUCAGGGCCAUCGGGAGCUGGGCGCGCCUCGCCAACGCCGCCAAGUUCGGCCCGCCCCGGGGCAGGCGUCUCCGGAUCCUCCUCAACGGUUAUGCCUGCCGGAACCUCAGCACCUCCACCCCUCUCAAAUCUAGAACACACGUUACCUGUGACAUCAAAGGAGAUGUUGCUGUUGUGCGAUUUAACUCUCCAAACUCCAAGGUGAAUACCUUGUCCAGGCAGUUGCAAGCAGAGUUCUCAGAAAUCUUGAAUGAAGUCUGGACCAGUGAUGCCAUCAGCAGUGCUGUCCUCAUCUCGGCAAAGCCUGGGUGCUUCAUUGCUGGGGCUGACAUCAACAUGAUCGAGGCCUGCAAAUCCAGCCAAGAGAUCACAGAGCUCUCUCAGGAGGGGCAGAAGAUGCUGGCUAACAUCGAGAAGUCCCCCAAGCCCAUUGUGGCUGCCAUCAGUGGGACCUGCGUUGGAGGAGGGCUGGAGGUUGCCAUUGCCUGCCAAUACAGAAUAGCCACCAAAGACAAAAAGACCGUCCUGGGCACACCUGAGGUCCUGCUGGGGCUGUUGCCGGGGGCUGGAGGCACUCAGAGGCUGCCCAAAAUGGUAGGGGUUCCUGCUGCCUUCGACAUGAUGCUGACCGGACGCAAUAUUCGGGCUGACAGAGCCAAAAAGAUGGGACUUGUGGACCAGCUUGUGGAUCCCCUAGGUCCAGGUAUCAAGAGCCCUGAAGAACGGACACUGGAGUACCUGGAGGAGGUGGCCAUUACUUUUGCCAGAGGACUGGCCAACAAGACAGUUUCUCGGAAGAAGGACAAGGGGCUGGUUCAGAGGGUGACGGACUACGCCAUGGCCAUUCCCUUUGUGCGGCAACAGGUCUACAAAACCGUGGAGGGACGGGUCCAGAAGCAGACCAAAGGGCUCUACCCGGCACCUUUGAACAUCAUUGAGGUUGUGAAGACUGGCCUGGAGCAGGGCAAUGAAGCCGGGUACCUCAUUGAAUCCCAGAAAUUUGGGGAACUUGGGAGGACCCCUGAAUGCAAAGCCCUGAUAGGGCUCUACCACGGGCAGGUGCAAUGCAAGAAGAACAAGUUCGGGCAGCCAAAGCAACCAGUCAAGAACCUUGCCAUCCUGGGGGCAGGCCUGAUGGGUGCGGGCAUUGCCCAGGUCUCCGUGGACAAGGGUCUGACCACCAUCUUGAAGGACACGGCCUUGGAAGGCUUGAGCAGAGGACAGCAGCAAGUCUACAAGGGCCUGAACGACAAAGUGAAGAAGAAGAGCCUGACCUCGUUCGAAAGGGACAUGUUCCUCAGCAACCUGACAGGGCAGCUGGACUACAAGGACUUUGGAAAGGCCGACAUGGUGAUUGAAGCUGUCUUUGAGGACAUCAGCAUCAAACACAAAGUGCUGAAGGAAGUGGAGGAGCUGGUCCCUCCUCAUUGUGUCUUUGCCAGUAACACCUCUGCUCUCCCCAUCCACCAGAUAGCAGCAGCCAGCAAAAGGCCAGAGAAGGUGGUUGGGAUGCACUACUUCUCUCCUGUGGACAAGAUGCAGUUGCUGGAGAUCAUCACCACUGACAAGACGUCCCAGGACACAGCUGCCUCCGCUGUUGCCAUGGGCCUCAAGCAAGGGAAGGUCAUCAUCGUGGUUAAGGAUGGCCCCGGUUUCUACACGACCAGAUGUCUUGCCCCCAUGCUGGCUGAAAUAAUCCGAGUUCUGCAGGAAGGCAGCGAUCCCAAGAAAGUGGACUCCAUCUCCACUGGCUUCGGCUUCCCCGUUGGGGCUGCGACCCUGAUUGAUGAAGUGGGUGUCGAUGUUGCCACGCAUGUAGCCGAGGAUCUGGGCAAAGCCUUUGGGGAACGCUUCAAAGGAGGGAACGUGGAGAUGAUGAAAGCCAUGGUGAACAAGGGCUUUCUGGGCCGCAAAUCUGGGAAGGGCUUCUACAUUUAUCAGAAAGGGGUGAAGGAGCGGAGCGUCAACAAUGGCAUGGAUGAAAUCUUGGAGAAGUUCAAAGUGGAGGCCAAGCCGGAGGUCUCGACAGAGGAGGACAUCCAGAUGCGCCUCAUCUCUCGGUUUGUGAACGAGGCCGUCCUGACCCUGCAGGAGGGGAUCCUCAGCAACCCCGUGGAGGGGGACAUCGGGGCUGUCUUCGGGCUGGGUUUCCCACCAUGCCUGGGAGGUCCCUUCCGGUACGCAGACUACUACAGCGCCCAGCGGCUAGUGGACCGGAUGAGGAAGUACGAGGAGGUCUACGGGAGCCCCUUCACGCCCUGCCAGUUGCUGCUCGACCAUGCCAAGGACUCUAGCAAGAAGUUCCACAAGUGAACCUGCCUGAGCCCUGCCGUCCACUGACGCACGCCUACCCAGCCCCAAAGAAAGCUGGGGGAGCCUUGCCAGAGAUUCUCUUGCCAGUGUGGGGGCAUAGGCCAUUGCCUUUCUAAGUGCCUUAGCCGCUCAGGCACCCCUCUCCCCUUGUCUGGUUGAAUGUUGGCUUCCCACUCUCUGGGGAAGGAAUUGGGGGCUGAAGGGGUCUCUUUAGUCCCAGCCUGGCCCCUUUCGGACUUAGUGCUGCAGCGGUGCCUUUGAGAGAACCCCAUUUCUGGGCCUCAGCACAGGUCCAGAUGGCCAUCACUAACAUGCAAAGAGAAUUCCUGACAAUAAACCCUGGUGUCUUGUU